AUGGCCUCAGAUGGCAACAACAUUAGAGUUGUGUGUCGAUUUAGACCGCAGAAUGGCCGGGAGGUCAAAGAAGAAGGAGGAAUAUCUGUCGCUUUUGAUGAUGACUAUACCGAAGUUAAACUAGAGAGCCGCGAGUAUCCAGGUCAAUUUACAUUCGAUCGUAUCUUUGACUGGAAUCACAAUCAAAAGCAAGUUUUCGACUAUUCUGCUCAGGCUGUGGUGCAAGAUGUGAUGAAAGGAUAUAACGGAACUAUUUUUGCAUAUGGUCAAACUGGUGCAGGAAAGACCUUCACGAUGAUGGGUAACAUGGAAAACCCUGAGCUGAAGGGAAUGACUCCUCGGAUAGUCGAGUCUAUCUUCAGCACCAUAUUGCAGGCACCGUCUACGCUCGAAUUCACAGUCAAAGUUUCUUUUAUGGAGAUAUAUAUGGAGAAAAUUAGGGAUUUGUUGAAUCCUUCAAACGAUAACCUACCAAUUCACGAAGAAAAAGUAAAAGGUGUCUAUGUGAAAGGCCUUUUAGAAGUCUUUGUGGGAUCUGUGGCAGAAGUGUAUCAAGUGAUGCAACAAGGAAUGUCGAGUCGAGUUACAGCAUCAACAGGAAUGAAUACUGAAAGUUCAAGAAGUCAUUCUAUAUUCGUGCUGCAAAUCUCGCAGCGAAAUCUUAUUGAUGGAAGUGCCAAGACGGGCAAACUAUUUCUCGUUGAUUUGGCUGGCAGUGAGAAGGUCGGCAAGACUGGAGCUACUGGACAAACGUUAGAAGAGGCCAAGAAGAUAAAUAAGUCUCUUAGUGCUCUUGGAAAUGUUAUUAAUGCUUUGACGGAUAGCAAGGCUCAACAUGUACCAUACCGAGACUCCAAAUUGACCAGAAUCUUACAAGAGUCACUGGGUGGUAAUGCCAAGACAACAUUAGUGAUAAAUUGUUCGCCUUCAUCAUUCAAUGAGGCUGAAACACUGUCGACUUUACGGUUUGGAAUGAGGGCCAAGACAAUCAAGAACAAGGCCAAAGUCAAUGUUGAGCUUAGUCCAGCUGAACUCAAAGUCUUUUUACGAAAGGCUAAAUCUGAUAUCGUCAUUUUGCGAAACUACACUACUCUCUUGGAAGGUGAACUUGACGUGUGGAGAUCAGGUGGAAAUGUUGCUCAAGCAGAUUGGGCUACUGCUGAGAAAGCAGGUGUUCCUCUAGACCUGUUAAAUGCAGACGAUGAAUCUGUAGCCGCAAGCCCAACUCGUCCUCCAUCAGUCAAUCAACUCUCAAUACCCACCAGCUCUUCCCCGAACGGUCGCCCCAAUACUCCCUUUUCGCCACCUCUCGAUCAAGAUGAACGCGAAGAAUUCCUAAAACGGGAGAACGAGUUGACUGAUCAGCUUGCUGAAAAAGAAACUGAACUCAAGACUUUACGGACAUUGGCUGCUUCUUUGCAAGAGGAGAUGGCUCUGCUCAAGUCAAGAGAAUCGGACGUUGCCAAAGACAACAAGGAAUUGACUUCCUCAUUGAAUGAAAUCAAGUUGCAGAUGGAGAAGUUGACGUUUGAGCAGCAAGAAUCCGGCAUUGUUAUGGAUACGCUAAAGGAUAGCAAUGAAACUCUCAAGGAGAAUAAUGCAGAGUUGAAGAACGAAAUUGACUUGCUCAAGACUCGAGUUCAACAAGCGCAGAAAACCAAUGCAGAAGAACAAAAUCGAGAAGUCAAGAAGCAAGAAAAGAUUACGCAGAUGAUUGCAGAAUAUGGUCCUGAUACCGAAAAGGAACGCGAAAUGAGAGCCUCUCUCAACCGAAUAACCAGCGGCACUAACCUAAACCCCAAAUCAUCAAGCCCUCAAACAUCUCCAAAGAGCGGUCAACCUUCUCCAUGGCCUACUCAUACCCUCCAACACGAGCUCGUUCGAGUCAAAUCUCAAUUGUCAAUCCAAGAGCUCAUGGUUGACGAGCUAUCACAAGCGUCCAAGACCGCGGAGGAUGAAGUCAAGGCAUUACGACAGCACAAGGAUGAUUUAGAACGUAAAUACUCGAGUCUUGAGAAAGAUUAUCAACGAUUACUGGGUGCUGAUCAGACCACGAAGGCAUCUUCGGAUGAGCUUUCGAGUGCUCUGAGUGACUUGAAAUCGAAACUUGAGACUCAAUACCACGAUAGCACUGAGCACCUGGAACGACAGGUUGAGAGUUUGAAGUCUGUUGUUGCCAAGAAGGAGGAAGAGAUUACGACGUUGCAGCAGAGUGGUGGUUCAAAGGACGUCCCUGACGCAUCUGAAAUCACCAAGAUGCAAAAGACCAUGGCAGAUUGGGACGCCAUGAAGACCAAACUCAUGAUUGAUUUGGAAAACAGAUGUCAGAAAGUGGUUGAACUAGAAAUUGCUCUUGAUGAAGCUAGGGAGCAAUACAAUGCUUUAAUGAGAAACACGAAUUCCAAAGCCCAACAACAAAAGAUGGCAUUCUUGGAAAGGAAUCUGGAGCAGUUGACCAAUGUCCAGAAGCAGCUCGUGGAACAAAACACGAAUCUGAAAAAGGAAAUGGCUGUAGCUGAACGCAAGCUGAUUGCCCGAAAUGACAGAAUUCAGACAUUGGAGCAAUUGUUGGUUGAUACGCAAAACAAGUUGGAGGCACAGACUCAACGGUUUGAGUCUGAGCUUGGUGCUAUGAGAGAUAGAUUGCAAGAGGCUAGAACUACGGCUCCAGCACCAGCUAAUCUCAGCUGGAUGUACUCUGCCAAGAUCGCCAAACCACUACGUGGUGGUGGUGGUGGAGCGCCCGAGGAAGUUAUGAGACCGAGUGCUAGUGAACAAUCAUUAGACUCUAGUAGAUCAGACCUGGGCAACGGGGCAUUUACCAAGUGCGAGCAAUUCAAAUAUGUCACUGAACUCGAAAAAGAGCAGCUGGUAUGUUUCUCUAAUCGCCAAGAAGUAAUUAUCAUUACGAGAACAGAAUCUUUAGACCAGUUGAUGAUAUUUGAUGUCAUUUAUAUUCCUUCAUUCUCAUAUAAGAAUACAUUAAUUGAAAACGAAUCAUGUUGA